AUGACAGCGAACGACUCAUCAUCAUCGGCCACCGAGCAGCCUGAGCGCCUCGACCUGGUCGAAGCGGGUUGGCUACCACCGCUGCCGACGGCGUUUCUCGGCGACCGCGACCGCGACCUGUUGGCGCCGCUGAGCUUCCUGCCGCCGGGAGAGCUGCCGAGCGGCGACCCGCCAACAGUGGAUCGAGUUCUGUUGGCCGAGGGCUUGGCUCAGGCCAACGCCGGCUAUGGUCAUCCGCGAGCCGCGCAGCUAGCCGCCAAGCUGGCCGACCCCGCCACCCGGGUGGUGGUCACCGGCCAACAGCCUGGCCUGUUCUGCGGGCCGCUUCUGACGCUAACCAAGAUGGCUGCCGCGGCGCGCUGGGCUGCGGCCCUCGAAGCAGCUGGACAGCCGGCUGUGGCGGUUUUCUGGGUGGCGACCGAAGAUCAUGAUUGGGCGGAGGUGGCCCAAGCCGGGAUCCUGGCUCGCGGCGAGUUCGAGAGAAUUGACUUAGGAGACGAUCCCGCGGCCCUGCUGCCGGUGGGCAUGCGGGCUUUGGGCGGCGGCCUGGAGCAAGCUCUUGCCCGUUUGGCGGAGGUCCAGCCUGGUGAACGCGGGCAGCAAUGGCAUGCCGAGCUCGGCCGCUGGUACCGGCCCAAUGCACGCUUCGGCGAGGCCUUCGCCCGGCUGGCGGUGCAUUUGCUAGGUGAGCGCACGCCGUUGCUGCUCGACUCCAUGUUGCCGGCGGUCAAGCAGGCCCAGCGGCCUUGGUUGCGCCGCCUGGUCGAGGAGCGCGACGCGGUCGACGCAGCGCUGACGGCAGCCGAUCAGCCGGUGGAGGAUCGUGGCUAUCCGCUCCAAGUGCGACCGCAGCCCGGGCUGAGUCCGCUGUUUCUGCUUCAGGGCCAAGAGCGCCGCCGGAUCGAGUGGCGUGACGGCGAGCGCUUUGGACUGCGCGGCUUGGCCGACUUCGAACAGCCGGUGGAACGCUUGCUCGACACCAUUGACGAGAAUCCGGCAGCGGUCAGCCCCGGGGUGCUGGCUCGGCCGGCGAUUCAAGACGCCAUCCUCGGCACGACGCUACAGAUCAUGGGACCGGCCGAGCUGUCUUACAUGACCCAGGUGGCCGGGAUCUAUCGACACCUGGGCCUCGAAGCGCCACACACCACCCUGCGACCUCAGGCGAUGGUGCUCGAGCCGCGUCCAGAAGCCCAGCUGAAAGAGCUCGGCAUCGCCUUGCCGCGGUUGCUGACCACGCCGGUCGAACGUUUGCUGAGCGACAGUGUCGGCGGCGACCUGGUCGGCCCGGCGCGAGAGACCAUCGAGGAGACGCUCGACCAGCUCCAAGAGGCGGCGACCCAACUCGACGCCGGGCUCGAGCGGCCAUGGCGCAAGACCCGUGACCAGAUCGGCCGCGCCCUCGAUCAGUUGGCCUCGAAAGUGGCCGGCGCCAACGCCCGCCGUCACCAGGUCAGCCAUCAGCGCCUGGAACGUAUCCACGCCGAUCUGUUGCCGGGCGGCAAACCGCAAGAACGAGUGCUGUCGAUCGCCCACUUCGGUGGACGUUACGGGCGUGGGAUAGCCGACGCGCUCUACCACCAGAUUGGUCUCGACCCGAGCGUCCUGCACUUGGUUCGCCCAGAUCAGGGGCCCUCUAGAUGA